CUUCCCGCUAUGAACGCUCCUCCUUUUUUCUUCUCCGGCGGCCCAUGGAGCCAGCCACCGCCGCCAUUUGUCUUAAACCCCAAUUUGAUCCUCCAAAACUCCCUCAAUCUCUACACCUACCUUUCAAACCUCGCCUUUACACCCCACUACCACCCAGCUCUCCUUCCCAAUAAUUUCCCAAUCCAAAACCCUAGCUUCGCCCCCAAGCACUUCCCGUGCCCAGCAUUCCGUCCUCCGCCUCAGCCUCCGUCCCAGAACCGGAAGCAGCUGCUGCUGGAGAGAAUCGACCGCGCCGUGGAGACGGCUCGCGCCGACCUGAUCGCCGCCGGGGAAGGCGUCUCGGCGUGGAAGGUGUCGCAGUUGGCGAUUCGGAAACUGGAGGUUGAUUGCUGGAGCUCUCUAGGGUUUCAAAUGCAGCAGGUGCCGUCUCUACAUCGCCUCAUGCUCACUGAAGGCAAGAUAAAUGCAUUUAUCCAUUGUUUUGUUGGGGUUCGAAGAAUUGCUUCUUUGUAUGAUCUGGAAGUAGCAAUCUGCAAGAAUGAGGGCGUUGAACAGUUUGAAGAGCUGGGAUUGGGCCCUUUGUUGCAAAAUCCUCUUGUCUUGCAUUAUUUUUCAGUUAAGUGUGAUGCGACUGAAGUGUAUAAGAUUACGAGUGAGGAUGUAAUAUCUUUACUUUCUGAGUUCAUGAAUACUUUUAGACAUACAUAUAUAAGGGUGGAAGAAUUUUUAGAUUUCAUUGUAAAGAAGUGCACAGUUGCAAGCAAGGAAGACCUUGGAAUACGAAUUCACAGUUUGGGGAUGCAUAUAUCAGCCAUCCGGGUUGCUAGGGAUUUAGAAUCUGCUGCUCUGAAGAAAUCUGGAGAGUUAACUAUUCAAAAACCAGAUUCCAGUAGUACGAAGCGACCAUGGAGAACGCAGCAGAAAGAACAUUUUACCACCUCCAUACGUAAACUGUUCUGUGGCAAGCACAUUAGGUUUGAUUCAGAGAGUGAAGGUAGUGAUGAUGAAUUUAAUGACCAUGUUAGAAGCAACCAGGUUAACCUGCCUUCACAAUCUGAUAAAAGUUCUGACAGAUUGGACAGUGAGAAUGGUUUGGUUGUCUCUCCAUCACAAUCCAAGGGUCCACUCAACCAGGUCAACUUAUCGUCGCAAUCUGCUGAAAGUUCUGAUAGAAUGAACAUCGAUGGUGGUUUGGUUAUCUCUCCAUCGCAGUCCAAAGGUCCACAUCCCUCAUUGAAAUUGCAGCAAGAUAAAAGUUUUGGUACCAUUUGUCAUCGUGUUGCUACAUUUUGCUCCAUACAUAAGCAGUUUUGUGGCAAGCACAUUAGGUUUGAUUCUGCAGAUGACUCAGAGGAUGAAGGUAGUGAUGAUGAUUUUCUUGAUGAAGAAGAGAAUAACAGUGACCAGGUCAUAUGCAGUGUGGUUAACUUAUCAUCACAAUCUGGUGGAAGGUCUGACCGUGUGAGCACCUGUCCUUACCCAUCUGCAAUGGAAGAGAUGCAACGACUUGGGUUGGAGCAGCCUUCCCCAGAUAGUGGUAGCCAAAAGCACAAAGAGACUAUUGACUCAGUCCAAAAGAAACGAAAACCUGAAAAUCUCGCAAGUACAAUAUCUCUGCCCCCCAAAUUGCGCAAGACAGAAAAGGUAGAACUAGUAGCUCGGCCAAUAGAGACUGGCAGGCAAGCCGAUAAUGUUAGAAAUCUGGAUAGAAACAAAGUGGAGUGCUGGCCCCCUGUUGAUUGGAGAACUGCGCCAAGGUAUGAUUGUGCUUCUGCAAAUGGUCUUAGGACACAAGCACCAAAUUUACAGCCUAGAAGUGACAUACAAAUGGAGGAUAAUAGUUAUGACAGAUGUGUUAAACAGAUGGAUACGAGGAUUCCCAUUACAGAUACUCCUCAAUGGGGCUCAUCUAACUCCGGCAAGAGAGAUCGUCUUAGUACUUGCACGCCUGAUGCAAUACAAGCAAAGGAGACUGGGAGACUAGGUGAGAUUGCAGCUUUUAAGUACUUUGUCGAGAAAGCUGGCAGGUCAGCUGUGAAGUGGGUUAAUGAGCAUAGUGAAACAAGGCUACCGUAUGAUAUAGUUGUAGGGGAGAAUGAAGAUAGUAAGGAGUUCAUUGAAGUUAAAGCAACCAGAAAUCCAACCAAAGACUGGUUUGAAAUGUCGGUGAGACAGUUGCAAUUUGCCGUUGAGCAAGGGGAAGCAUUCAAAAUUGCUCAUGUCAUUUUAUCAGAUAAUAAUGCUGCGACUGUGAGGGUAUACAGCAAUCUGGAGAAACUAUUGAUGAAGCAUAACAAUCAGGAGCCACGGGAACAGGAUUGCAAGCUGAAGUUGGUUGUCUUGGUGCUUGAGCCGCAGAAGGAAUACACAAUUGUGUCUUGAAAUUCACUUCAUGGUGAUGAUCUCUACAUGUUUAAAGUGGGCUCAAUAUAUUUGAUCACUGUGCACAGUACAGCAAAGAUUAUGGAUGAAAUCAGGCCUUACAUUUGGGAUUUUAGUAGUCUUUGAUAUGAUGUAGCUUCAGUUCACCAAUAUAUGUCGCUUGUUUACUGCUUUUGUGGUUAAACUAAAAGUGUAAACCAAGUAACUGAUGAAUUUUUUCUGGGUA